AUGAAGUUGGAGCCAAAGUCCCGGCGCAAGCACAAAAGACUCAUACCAUAUAUCCGUGUUCCGUCACCACCGCACCGAAACCACGGUGUCGAAGAAAUGGAGGCGGAAGACACACCAUCCAUGUCUCCUCCGCCCAGUAUGAAGUUGGAGCCCAAGUCCCCGCACAGGCACAAAAGAUUGAUACCAUACGUCAGUGUUCCGUGCAGAAGUAGUGUCCGGCCGGCCAAUAAACGACCUGCAAAUGGUGACCUUGCUGAAAGGAGUCCGAAACUUUCUACGAAGCGCCGAAAGUUUGGUUCGGGGCAACUAGUCAAGGACGAAGUACCUCGCGUUGAGUCAUCUACACCUAGACCCAGGAGGACUGCAAUCAUCUCUGCUAAACGCCCUCCACCCCAACUCCCUACUCCGACUACUACCUCAAAACGUCCAAAGAAAGAGGAGAACAAAGUCUUCUCCCUCCCCCGUUCAAUAACAGACACCUACCUCAAAUCCUACGAACCCCUCACCAUAACCCCACCCCCCACCUCACUCGCAGUCCCACGCAAACUCCUCCGACUCGCCUACGGCGGAUCCGACCAACAAUUCCUCCAAUACAUCCAACCAAGCACCAACCCCUCCAACCCUGGCACCGUCCGACGCAUGGUAUGGCCCCAAAUCGAGAUGAACCCACUCAUGCCUAGCGUCGCCGGCCAUCCUGGCAUCGUCUUCGCUUCACGCCAUGAGAUACUGGAGAAUCCACCGUGGACGGCGUGGUGUCGGUGUUUGGAGUCGCCAAAGGCUAUGUGGUGUUAUUUGGGUGAGUAUGAGAGUGAGCUGUGUGGUCAGAUGAGCGCGGAGCAGUUUAAGGAUCAGCCGCAGAAGGCAAAAGAAGCCUGGGCAGAGCUCUUGAUCAAAGGCAAAGCAUUCGACGUAUACGUAGCCAUGCGUGCGCGAAUCGCACUCCGGAAACACAACGUCUUCCCACUCGAACCCCAGGCAUUGGAAGAUGGGAAACCUGAAACGGACGAACAGGUGGCUGAGAGAGCCAAAUCCCUCGAAGACGAGGAGAUAAAGGCCAUCAAACGGAAUAAAGGGCGGAAAGUGGAUUCGGGGGAUGUUAUUAGGGCUUUUUCACGUGGGGACGAGGCGAUCGAUAUUAUACGAAUGCGAUGCGUUUCGUACGACCACGUAUUCGCGCAAGAUUUACAAAGACAGUUCGAUAACUACGAUCAACUUCUCGAGCGAGAGAAAGAGAAGAAGGCAGCGGAGGGGAAGCAGGGGUCGAGUUCGAAGAGGAAGAUGCAGGGUGUGAUGAGGAGAGGCGGGAAAGUGAAGGGAAAAGGGAAGGCUCGAGAUGCAACGCGGUCUGAUGAGGAAAGUGAGGAUGAGGAAGGCGAAUUUGAAGAUGACCUCCAAUACGAAAGCCGAGCCUCUUCUUCCUCUUCCCGGCCUAAGCGGAAGAGCACGAAAUGGGACGCGAAUACUGGGGGUCGGGUUGUGGUUGGACGGGGGGACGUGGAGGAGAACGAUGGAAAUGUGGAAGUGCUGGAUUUGGAGAGUGAUGAUGAUGAGUUGCCUGAGUUGACGGACAGUGAUUCUGGUGCUGAUAGUGAUUAG